AUGGAGCCCUCUGACCUCAAGAGUCUACUGGCUCAGCUCCAGGCCACUCAAGCCCGUCCGAGUGGCUCAAACGCAAAACAAGCUGCCAAACGUCCUGCGACCGCCUUAGGUCAAGAUGAAGUCAGCCGUCGUCCAGAGCCUCAAAGGGCACGUCUAUCGGCUCACACGGACUCGAGUAGACUGUCUCAGCUCCAGCAAUCAGUGCGCACAAGCCAAGAGCUCUAUUCGCCAGCGCCAACUGCGACCAUUGACGAGCUCUUGCGGUCUCUGAAGCCGACGUAUACCAAUGGCACGACUGCCAAGCCUACUGCAAGCAUGCAACUCCAGCGCACAGACUCGAGCCAGAUUGACAUUUAUCCUGGCCAGCCGAGGCAAACAAGCCGCGAAUAUGGAGCCAGUGGCUUUGACACGCGAGACAGGAGCGCCAGCACGAGCGAUGAGUAUCGUCCUGCGUACCUUCAGCAUCGUCAGCACACACCCGAGCAUAUGCAUGUCGCCCCGCCAGCAUCGUCGUUGAGCCCCGUGCAGAACAGGUCGCGCGAGCCAAGUCAGAUGACGUACACACAAGCUCUGCCUAUGCUUGCCACGCUCGGUCAAGAUCCAACGUUCCUGCGCAACUUUGCUCAAAUGAAAGCCGAUCAGGACACGUUCGAGCUCCAGCGUGCCGACGAACGCAGCCGGAUCAACGCGCAAUUUGGCAGGGAGCUCAAAUCGCUAGGCAAGCCCACGCCAGAGACCGUCGCAGAGCUCAAGGCCUUUGACCGUCGGGCGCUGGAACAAUGGGACGAGCAUCUGGCUAAGCAACAAGCUCUCAUGGCGAGAUGGAGCGUACCCUGCUUCUCUGUCACAAAAGAUCCAACCUUGCUGUCAAGACAAAGACGCGUCCUCGCAGUGCUGCUGCCCCUGCUCGACGACGACGUUCCCGAUGAAUAA